CGCAACGCGUUCGGGCGACUGAUUGUCUGUGCAUGUGCGCGAUCGCGAUAGUGAGUGUACUCAUAUUAUAUUAUAAUAUUACACGAGAUCGUUUGGAAUAGCGUCGUAUAUUCGUUGACAAUAUCAAGUCACGCACAAGUAUUAGGCGAUUUGUACAGGUAACUGUUGUUUAAGGAAAAACGAGUCGCUGCCUCAGUUACCUUAAUAUAUCAUAUUAUUAUUAUCAACAAACCAAGAUCACCGCCAGACGUCAUCGUCACCUGCACAGCGAGCAAACCGCCUACCUAGCAAAGAUACCAAUAUUAUAUCUCAUACCUCGGCGAUCGACAGCCGCGACGAGCUUGGGGACGAUCGCCUAAUACAAGAAUAAAUCUACCAGAAAAAUCAGAAGAGUUGCAGCGGAAUAGACUGUGCUAACAGGAGGAUCUUGGGCACCAAACCGGCGGUGGCGACUUUAUUGUUCUCGAGGCAUCCCCCGUCACGUCAUAUAUAUGACGGAAGAAAAAGCAUCAUAUCGGUAUACGUUUGGAAUGAUUUACUAAUUUGGGAAAUGCAAAAAAUGUAAAAAUAUAUUAAAAAUAUCAGAUACAAAUCAAACCAUGGUCAAACAGUGUUUGAAAAAAAUUUGGAAAAAAUUUAAUAUGCCCGGACAACUCUCUGUGUGGCCCGUAUGCCUUUUCAGUGUCAAUAAACCAGAAAUUGGACGCAUCAAGAAUUCUCAUACUUCCUCAAAAAGGUGUAAUGAAGCACGGCGCAUGUCCGAAGGUGGUCUCGUCAUGUCUACAUGCGCGGCUGCCAACUUCAACAAUAACAACAACAACAACAACAACACCACAAACACAAACAACAACAACCACAACGGCGUCAGCAGGACGACGGCCGCUUUGCCCAGGCGCAAGUUCAGCUUCCCGGCGGUGUUGCAGUCGCACAACCUGCAAUCUGAACUGGUCGGUGUCGACUUCGGUGGCGGGCCGUCGCUCACUGUGGCCACGGCCCGCCGACGGUUUAGUAACGUCAGCGAUGUCGUGUCCAGGAAACUGUCGCACACCAUCGGCUGGCGGACAGCCGUGCCGACGGAACAGAUAGCGCGACAGGGCAAGGCACUGUGUGUGCAGUAUAUCCGAUGGAAGCUGAAGCGGGCAGGUGCGUAUACGAAAAAAUGCGCUGGAGCGUUGCGCGCGGCCAACGCAGCCGCUAACCCCACGGCUUCAGUGGACGGAAAUAGUUCUAGCGGAAGUGGUGGCUACUUCAUACCACCACUACAGGCGAUGGCGUCUGCGGCCGGCGCCGGGGCCGACCACAUUGAUGGUGUGCGCCGCGAUGUGUUUCCUGCUGUGCUCCGGGUAGGGCUCCAGUUGGAGCGUCUCGACCCUAAACUGUAUGCGGCCGGAACCGUGGCCACUGACUCUGCGGCCGUUACAGCCGCGUCCGUCGCUGGUGCCGCAGGUAACCCAUCGGCAUCCGCGGCGAUAAUCAGCCCGGCAUCAUCGCCACAGCGCUUGUUCCAGCGGCACCGGCCCACGUACAAAAGAAACACGGCAGCAGCUUCUGUUGUCUUGGUGUCUGUAUCCCGGGAACUGUUCCGAGCCGGCGCCCAGGUGACGUGGGCCAAAGUCGUGUCACUAGUGUGCGUGGCCGCCGGGCUUGCGGUUGAUUGCGCGCGCCGUGGCCGUGCCGAUCAGCUGCCCGACCUGAUCGAGGCUGUCGGCGAAGUAAUCGAGGACGAUCUGGCCGCUUGGAUACACUACAACGGUGGAUGGAUGGGGCUUCAGUCGUACUGCAAACCGGUGGUGGUCAACAUCGAAAAUCCAGUGUCCACUCAAAUCCUGUAUCUAGUGUCAUUGCUCAUACUCGUCAUAUUUUUCUUGUUGUUUUUGAGGUGGUUCAACUUCAUAUCCGUUUUCCGAUAAACCUGCUGCUACAGAAGACGCCCAGUGAUAUUCCAAAAAUACAUUUUAUUACUACAGUAUACAUUAUAUACGUAGGCUCAUCUGCCUAUUAUAUUAUACAGUUUGCAAUAGAUAAAUCGCCUGUUACUUUAUGCACAUAUUAUACAAUUUAUAAUAUUUAUAUAAUAUCUAUUAUAGUGUAUUAGUAUAUGCGCA